AUGCCUCCAGUUCAUAGUGGAUAUGCGCCUGAUCUUGGUACAUAUCUGAAAUCGUUGAAAGGUCAACCAGUUGAGUCAUCCAUAGAAAAUUUGAUAUCACUUUUGAAACGAAGACAGAUUCAAAACUCGAGAUCAUGCGCCAUAGCUACAGCUCAUUUGUUACUUCAAGUUGUCGCAAAGCAAAGAUGGGCGGAUAUCACAAAAGUCCUGGACCGAAUUCGAAAAGUGGGACAAAGGCUAAUUGAAGCUCAACCAAGGGAAAUGGUCGUAGGCAACAUUGUUCGCAGAGUGUUGGGUAUGAUCAGGGACGAAGCAAAAGAGGACCGUACUGAGGAUAUCAGUGAUUCGGCGUCAAACAGUCAGAUGGGUUCACCCAGGCGUGAGGGUUUCAGCGAUGUGGGAUCGAUUGGAGAUGAUGCCUUUGGAGGACGAACACAAGGCUCACGGCCUCCUUUGGGAACAUCGCAUAUGUCUUAUGCUGUUCAGCAUGGCGUUCCUGUGCAGCAGUCGAUGUUCAACCUCCUCUCAGCUGCCCCAUCACCAGCCUCGACACCCUCGGGAACCGUAUCUCCUCACAGCAGAUCUGGGUUGAACAUAAGUUCGCUUGCGACUAGAAUGGCCUUAACCACGAGAGAUCUCAAAGCUGAAAUUAUCAUUGGCAUCGAGGAGAUUAUCGAUGAGCUCGAUCAAGCAGAUGAUCAAAUUGCUAGUUAUGCGCAGGAUCUCAUUCACGAAAACGAAGUUAUACUCACCCAUGGUCCUUCGAGAAGUGUGCAGAAGUUUUUGCUGAAAGCUGCAGAGAAGAGAAAGUUCACUGUAUUCGUUGCCGAAUCGUACCCAAAUGCUCACUCAACAACUCAUUCUACAGUUGUUGGAAAGACUGCGCAGGAUACCGAUGGGGACCUUGACACAGAAACCUUUUUGAAACCACUCUCGGCUGCUGGAAUUACUGUUGAUCUUAUUCCGGAUGCCGCGAUAUUCGCGAUAAUGUCGAGAGUUAAUAAGGUCAUUUUGGCUACCCAUGCCGUCAUCGCCAAUGGAGGGUUGGUAGCUGCUGCCGGGGCACGCAUCAUCGCGAAAGCUGCGAAGGUUCACAAAGUACCCGUCAUUGUUGUUAGUGGCGUCUACAAGCUCAGUCCCGAAUAUCCUUUUGAAUUUGAAUCCCUCAUCGAAUAUGGCGAUCCUGGAAAUGUGGUUGGAUUUGAGGAUGGGGAAUUUGUAGAUAAGGUUGAAGUCGACAAUCCUCUUUUCGACUAUGUACCCCCUGAUCUAGUUGAUCUCUACAUUACAAAUCUAGGUACCCAUGCGCCUUCGUAUUUGUACAGAAUUGUCGCAGAGCACUAUAAGUCGGAAGAUAUAAAUUUCCACAAGCCAGAGCUUCAAUUUUGA